UUAAUCUUGACAAAUUUGAAGAACAAAAUAAUACCUAAUUUACUCAAUUAUCUCUGCAGCUCUUACUGUUUGGCGUUCUUUCCAGUCUAUUUACUGAUCGGCAAUAAAACACAAAAUGAAAUAAGAAUUCGCUCGUGCGACGCAACACUCACAUACACCAACAACCCGAUAUAAAAGUAAUUUCACAAGUCAUAAAAAAUGUUUGCUGGCGCCGGUGCACCCUCUCAAGAACAAGUCGAAAAGCUCAACAAGCAGGCUUCUGCUGAACUCAAGAAAGCAACUACCAUUGCAGCUUUGUUGGCUAUCGCUCCAUUUGCAAUUUCAAUGUUCAAAUCAAAGUUUGUUAAGUAGGUCGCUUAGAAGAAACAAGAGAAACAUUCUCCUUAAUUUAAAUUGUACCGGGGUUGUGAGAUGAUCGAUACAGCAAAUGUCAGAAUUUCUUAUCGGACGAAGUGGCGUGUGUAGAAUAGUUAAGCAAAUAACAAUUUUACUGAUUAAAGAAGGCAUAUACUCCAAGCUCGGUUUCAU